ACUUUUCUUCUUUACCGACAAUGCACCACCUUCAUAAAAAAAAGUAGCAGUAGUACUACUCUUUUGUUUUGGUUCAAGACUUCAAGUACACACGUAACUAGUAGUCAUAUCGAUCGAGAGAGAGAUUGUAGAAAUCCAAUUCAAAAUAUAUUGGGAAGAGGAAGAUAGAUAAUAUGGAAAAGAAGGCAUUAGGAGGGCUGAGCCACCUUUUUGUGACGGCGUUCCUGUCUAGCUUUGGCACUUUCAUUGUGAUUCCGGCAAUUACUGAUGUCACCAUCGCCGCUGUUUGUCCUGCUCAAGAUCAAUGCUCCCUUGCCAUUUACCUCACCGGAAUCCAACAAGCAGUGAUAGGAUUGGGGACGGUGGUGAUGAUGCCAGUAAUUGGAAAUCUAUCAGACGUGUAUGGAAGGAAAGCUUUGCUCACACUCCCCUUGACCCUCUCCAUUAUUCCUCUAGUGAUUUUGGCGUAUAGCAGGGAAACCAAUUUCUUCUAUGCCUACUAUGUGCUCAGGAUACUCACUGCUAUGGUCUCCGAAGGCAGCACAAACUGCCUCGCUCUUGCUUAUGUGGCAGAUAGGAUUUCAGAGGGGAAAAGGGCAUCGGCAUUUGCAAUUCUAUCUGGUGUGAUCUCAGCUGCACUUGUCUGUGGAACCUUAGCUGCUCGUUUCCUUUCUCCAGCUUCGGCAUUCCAGGUUGCCGCGUUUGUCUCAAUGGCUGCUGCUGUGUACAUGAGAGUUUUUCUUAAGGAAAGCAUAGCAAACGGUAAUGGUCUCACACAGCCAAUCUUGAAGGAAGGACCGGAUAAUUCGGCACAAAUUGAUUGUGAUUUACCUAGGCAUGUACCUGUGUUCAAGAAAAUUCCAUCAGUUGGAGAUCUUGUCUGCUUGCUGAAGAGUAGUGUCACGUUAUCACAAGUAGCAGUUGUUGCAUUCUUCCAAAGUCUUGCAGAAAAUGGGAUGAUGUCUUCUUUAAUGUACUUCUUGAAGGCCCGUUUUCAAUAUGACAAAAAUCAGUAUGCUGACUUAAUGCUAAUUAUGGCAGUUGCAGGGACUCUGUCACAGUUGGUUCUAAUGCCCAUUUUGGUACCUGCUAUGGGAGAGGGAAGAUUACUCUCAAUAGGUCUCUUAUUGGGCAGCGUAAAUACUAUAAUUUACAGCAUUUCUUGGUCGGCAUGGGUUCCGUUGGCGGUUACUUUGUUUUCUGGUUUUCAAGUUAUUGUGACUCCAAGUUUACGAAGCAUUGCAUCGAAACAAGUUGGGCCCAACGAACAAGGGAAAGCUCAGGGAUGCAUUUCAGGCAUAAGUUCCUCUGCCAACAUUAUUGCCCCAUUAAUUUUUAGUCCUCUCACAGCUUUGUUCUUGUCUGAAGCAGCGCCGUUCUAUUUCCCUGGAUUCAGUAUCAUGUGCAUUGGACUUGCGACGAUAAUCGCUUUCAUUCAAAGUUGUAUCAUAAGGGCUGCUCCAACUUCAAGCACAAAGUCAGCAGCAACUGAGGAUGAUGUAGAAGGAGCUUCUCCCUAGUCUGAACCAAAUUCGAUAUGGUACUUGCUUUCUUGUAGACCCUCUCGAGACAUCGAAGCAAUCUUAGAAUGUAAUUUAGCAGCAGAUAGAAUACAACCAGGUAUAUUAGUGUGAUACUCUGCACAAUGCACAAGCUGGGUCUCCAAUCAAAAAUAAAACUUGGGAGCUUAUAGAAAACCGGAACGCAUAUUAAGAAGCAGUAUGGUUUUAUACCGGAAGCCGGGGCAUUUGAUUCUUAAACUGCCUUGGCUCUGGACUCGUGUAUUCAUAUCAUAUACAUAUUUGUAGUAUUUCUUCACAAACUAAAUUAGGUGCGUAAAUAUCUAUGUAAAUGAAUUGAAGAUAGUGAAGAUACUGAGUUGAACAUUC